AUGUAAUAAUAAGGAUAAGGUAGUACCAUUUAAGAUUUCAAUGUCCUCGAAAAACUUGGAGAAGGAUCCUUCUCUUCAGUUUAUAAGGUAUAGAAGAUGAAGUUAUGUAGGUAUAAAGGAAAUCGGAUGGUCAAUAUUAUGCUAUGAAAAAAGUCAAUAUAUCUCAGUAGGCCUAUAAAGAGCGAGAGAAUGCUUUAAAUGAAAUUCGUAUAUUGGCAUCACUUGAUUCUCCUUAUAUUGUUGAAUUCAAAGAUUCCUUUCUUGAUUCUGAAGGAAAAACUCUAUAUGUAAUAAUGGAAUUUGCAUCUGGCGGAGACUUAAAUAGUUUAUUGAAGCAAGGCAAGAUCAAAGGAGGAGUUGAAGAGGCAGAAAUUUGGAGAGUCUUGACUCAGAUAACUCUUGGAGUUAAAAUACUCCAUGACAACAAUAUCUUACACAGAGAUUUAAAAUUAGCAAAUGUCUUUAUUGGUAAAUGUCCAGAAGGAAACCUUUACAAAAUUGGCGAUCUUAAUAUUAGCAAAGUUACUCAUGGAGCAAAUGCUAGAACAUAAGCAGGAACACCAUGUAUAAUAAUAAUCCAAAAAUUUUAUUAGAUUAUGCAUCUCCUGAGGUUUGGAAAGGUGAACAAUAUUCUUGGCCUUGUGAUAUCUGGUCUAUUGGUUGUAUCAUCUAUGAAUUAGCAGCUUAACAACCUCCAUUCAGAGCAGCUGAUCUUCAAUCUUUAAGUAGAAGAAUUCAAACAGGUGUUUAUGAUCCAAUUCCAGGCAAAUAUAGUAAAGACUUAUCUGAAGUCAUUAAAACAUUGUUAUAGGUUAAUCCUCGUAAUAGACCUAGCUGUGAUGCAAUUCUAAAAAACCCUUUAGUUAUAAAAAAGAGUGGCUCUUUAUUAGUUGAAGAGGAAGUUGGAGGCAAGAAAAUGGCUAAACUAUUAUAGACCAUUAAAUUACCUUACAAUCUAAAAUAAUUAAAAGGAAAUCUUCCUAAAGCCAAUUAUGAAAAUAAAAUUAAAAGAUCAAAUUCAUAAUCUGGAAUCAGAGUAAAUACUGAUAUAAGUUAAACACCUUAACCUAUAAGAAAAAAACCAGAAGAAGUAAAGCCUCCUCAACAAGCACAAAGACCACCUUAACAAUAAUAAUAAUAAUAAUAACCUUAAUCAUAAUAAGUUAAUAAACCUCCUCUAUUAAAACCUCCUAUUGCUUAACCACCAAAACCAUAAUAACCUCAAACUCCUUAAUAAUUAUACAACAAAGUACAAUAAUAAGAAUAGAGAUUACUCGGAUAAUAAAAGUAAUUGAUAAAUUUUAAAUUUAGAAAUUCCAAUGUUCCAUAUUAACCAUAAUAAUAGAAUAAUCCUAUAUAUUAAUCACCGAGAUACAAAGAAAUGAUAUAGCUAUAAAAUUAAUAAAAAGUAUCUGCUGGAAUGCCUUCUGGAAUGAGAAGACAAUAUAGUGCUGGCCCUAUUGGAAGGAGAUGA